UUUGCCUCCUUCACAGUCCACUCAUAGUCGAGAGGGGAUAGAAAAGCAUGGAAGCAACGGCGGUGAGCGUGGGCAAGGCCGUGCUGAAUGGAGCACUGGGCUAUGCCAAGUCCAAGGCCACGGAGGAGAUCGCCUUGCAGCUCGGCGUCGAGCGUGAUGUGACCUUUAUCACGGAUGAACUGCAGAUGAUGCAGUCAUUCCUGAUGACGGCCGACGAGGAGCAAGGGCAACACAAGGUACUCAUUACCUGGGUGCAGCAGGUCCGCAACCUGGCCUACAAGGUGGAGGACAACCUCAUGGAUUUCGGCCUCCACACGGAGAAGAAGCCGAUCUGGGGAUGCAUCCCCCGUGAGCUAUGUGAUCGACGCCACAUCGCCAUGGAAGUGAGGGAUCUAAGGGCAAAGGUUGAGGACGUCAGCAACAGAAACCUGCGGUACCGCCUCAUCAAGGAAGGUUUGUCUGGCUGCAAGCCUGCUGCCGCUGCAGAAGAGCAGGCCAACCUUGCCUGCACGGCAAUGUUUGGCAUCAACGAAGCAAGGCUUGCCGCCAUUGAGGAGGGAAAACCCAAGGUGGAUCUCCAUCAGCUGGUCACCUGCGGACAGGAGGAUCUCGGCGUCAUCGCUGUGUGGGGAACCGGAGGUGAUCUUGGCAAAACAAACGAGAUCAGGAAGGUCUAUGAGAACAAACAAGUGUUUGACAAGUUUGGAUGCCGUGCUUGGGUUAGGCUGAUGCAUCCUUUCGACCCGAAAGAUUUCCUUCACAGCCUUGUGAGGCAGUUCUAUGAAAAUUCUCCAGAGGAAAUCGGAAAGUUACAAGAAGGAGCAACUGUAGGGGGUAAUGUCCUGAUGAAGAUGGAGAAUAUGGGACAAAGUGAUUUGAUUCGUGUGUUCAAUGCUCAAGUUAGUCACAACCGAUAUCUGGUUGUGAUUGAUGACUUAUCCACUAUUGUCGAAUGGGAUUGCAUCAAUAGUUUCUUCCCAAGAAAUAGGAGAGGUAACAGAAUCAUACUCUCAGCGCGCCAAGCAGAAAUUGCGAGUUUGUGCCCGGACCUCCAAGUAACAGAGCUUAAGCAGCUGUCAUCAGAUCAAGCACUUUAUCUGUUCCACCAGGAGGUUACGUCUGCAUCAGAUGUUGCAGAGACCGGUUCAGGCACGGGAAAAGUUAUCGCCACUGAAAACAACCAAGCAAAGUCCACAAGUGAAAUAGAUGAGGAAAGUCAAUGGCAAAAGAGUGCCGCUGGAGAAACAGUUAAUGAUUCUGCUCCGGUAAAGAUGUUUGAUCGCAGCAUCACAAACACACUGAUUGAGGAAGUGUUCUUUGGGCGGGAAGCAGAGCAAGAUUAUUUUACCAAUUUAGUUGGUGGACCAGAACAAAAUCAAGAAACUAAGGUGAUCUCAGUGUGGGGAAUGGGAGGUCUUGGGAAGACCACUCUCGUUCGAAACACGUACCGAAGCCAACAACUUGGUGGCUGGAAGCGUGCUUGGGUCACUGCACUGCGCCCGUUCAACCCAGAAGUGCUCAUCAGAAGUUUAGCUUUGCAACUACCGAGUGAUGUGCUAGAAGAUCCGUAUGGAGCAGGAAAACAAAAGGACAUGGCAUCAAUGGGACUUCACGAUCUAGUGAAAGAAUUACAUCGCGUUCUAAAUAAAGAGUUCCUCAUUGUUCUUGAUGAUAUAUCAACCACUGCAGAAUGGGAUUUGGUCAGAGGUUGCUUGAAAAAUGCCGGAAUGGUCAUAGUCACCACAAGGGAGAAAACUGUUGCCAAACAUUGUUCAAGAGAAGACACCAACAUGUAUCGUCUUGAAGGUCUGAAAGAUGCGGCUGCACUUGAUCUCUUCAAAAAGAAGGUGUUUAAGGACAAGAGAGGAAAGGUUGAUUUGGUCCUUGAUAUGGAAGAACAGGCAAGACUUAUCUUAAAGAAGUGUAAUGGUCUUCCCCUUGCAAUAUCAACUAUAGGUGGAUUCCUAGCCACUAAGCCUAAAACUGCUAUUGAAUGGAGGAAGAUGCAUUACCGCAUUAGUGCUGAGUUGGAGAUAAAUCCAGAGCUUAGGACUAUAAAGACGGUACUUAUGAGGAGCUAUGAUGGCUUACCCUACCACCUCAAGUCAUGUUUCUUGUACAUGUCCAUAUUCCCGGAAGACUGCAUAAUUAAGCGCAAACGUUUGGUGAGGCGAUGGAUCGCAGAGGGUUAUUGCAAGGAGAUGCAGGGCAUGACAGCAGAAGAAGUGGGUGACAACUACUUUGAUGAGCUUUUAGACAGGAGUAUGAUUCUGCCAGGAGAAGGUGUAAACCAUCAUAGUGGGAAAAUUGAUUCUUGUCAACUUCAUGAUAUCAUUCGUGAAAUAUGCAUCUCGAAGGCUAAGGAGGAAAAUUUUGCUUUCACACUUGAGGAAGGAUGUUGUUUGAGUAGUACACAAGGUCCAAUACGUCAUCUUGCCAUUAGUAGCAACUGGAGAAGAGAUAAAGAUGUGUUUGAUAGUAUGCUGGACUUGUCGCACGUGCGAUCACUGACCGUGUAUGGAGAGUGGAGACCGUAUUUUAUCUCUGAAAAGAUGAGGUUCCUCCGAGUGCUCGACUUGGACGACACAUUACGUCUCAGAAAUCACCAUCUUGACAAAAUUGGGCAGCUCCGUCACCUCAGAUACCUCUCUAUACGAAAUUGUGUCUAUAUUUGGUACCUGCCUAAUUCUAUUGGGAAUUUGAGCCACCUACAAACACUGGAUAUCAAAGGCACGCGUAUAUUAGAACUGCCAACACCUAUCACCAAGCUUCGCAAGCUACAGCACCUCCAUACAACUGGUCGUUUUAUUAGUACAGAAAAGGAGAAUGACAUGUUUUUUGAGAGUUACUGGAUGCAUAAUGCACAUCAUGGUCCCUUGUUAUUGUUCUGGCACCUUGGAGGAAAUAUAUGUAGCUGGAGAUAUUUGCAAUGCCAGGGAAGCAUGUGUCUUGCACGGGCCAAGAUUUUGCAGUCUCUUUUUGAAUCAUUUUGGAGUGCACAACGUUCAGAACUUGGUCUGAACAUGCACGAUAUAUUCAACCUGCACCAGUCUCUUUGGGCGUGUUUGCACAAAGAUAUGGUUGGUGUUAAAGCUCCAAAAGGGACUGGAAAAUUGAUGUCCCUGCAAACACUGGGUGUUGUCAAUGUUUCAAGGGGGAAGGAAAAGGUCCUAAAGGAGCUCAGUGCCCUCACCCAGCUGCGUAAGCUAGGUGUGACUGGUAUCAACAAGGGAAACAGGAAAAAGUUUUGGUCUGCCAUUGCUGCUCACAACCAACUUUGUUAUUUGACAGUGCUUGGCGAUGAUAUAGAUGGUUGUUUGGGUGGCGAUUUGUUGCCACCAAAACACCUGGAGAGCCUCAAGUUGGUCGGCCGCCUAGACAGAGUACCGCAUUGGAUGCACCACCUACAGAGUCUAUCAAAGUUGGAUCUCAAGUACAGCAGUUUGGACGAAGCUGUUGACAUACAAACCCUCGGGGAUCUACCAAAUCUCGCAGUUUUAAGACUGAGCACCUGGGCAACUGAAAUGAAUCAGCUGGAUUUUUUAGGCUCAUCUUUCCCGAGCCUCUUGGUGCUGGAGCUUUCUGGGUUAAGAGAGCUCAACUUGUUGACAUUUGAAAAAGAUGCAAUGCCUAAGCUCGAGCUGCUACAAACUGACAUAUACCUGGGGAUGAUGGGGCUACAGUUUCUCAGGAACCUCAAGGAAAUUCGUAUGAUUGGUCAUGACAUCAGUGAGAUGAAGAUACACUUACAGAACCAAUACGCGGAGCAUCAAAAUCUCAAGAACGUUAGUUUGAAGCUGAUGUAGCACCUGACCCUUCCUGUUGACACAAAUCUGCUGGAUUGGAUUGGCAGCAUGACUGACUCUGUCAUCAGUCUGUGGAGCCUUGGCAAGCUGAAGUACCUGCCGGAUCUUCAUCUUAACAUGUCGUGUACUGCUUCAUUUCUGGGCUUGGAAGCUCUGGCUCAUUUCAUCAGAGGACAUGGUACCCUGAAAACUAUAGUACUGUCUCAUGGUUCCUGGCGCCUCAAAAGCAAUCAUUUCCUGGGAUGACUUGGAACCUCUCCGCCUUCUCCGGAGAUUUGAAUGCUUGCCGCACAGGUGCGUCAUAUUUUCCCAAAUUCCUAAGUGGGUUAAAGAACUUGGUAACCCAUGCAUUUUGAAGAUGCAGUGAUGGAACUGCAGAUGAAUUGUGUUGAUACCCUCAGAUGGUUGCCUAUCCUCACUGGUCGUCUGUCGCUGUAUGUGCGAUGGGCACCCGGUGAAAGGAUCGUUUUUUACACGACGGACGAGUUCUCAGUUCUCAAGUACUUCAAGUUGAGGUACACGAGUGGUAUAGCGUGGCUAAAAUUUGAGGCGGGUGCAAUGCCUAAUAUACUGAAGCUCAAGCUAGGUUUCAAUACCAUGCCCCAAAUGGACCAAUACUCAGUUGGAGACUUUGGAACCUUGUUGGCCCUUUUAUUUAUUUGGUUAAUAAGAUGGCCGUAUGCAUCACUCUGAUGCAGAGACUGGGGAGCCCCCCCUUUCGAAAAAAAAUGGACCAAUACCAACUUAUGCGAAUCGACCGUAUGCCAGGCCUUAAAGAGAUAUCUCUGUAAAAUUUAGGGGUGUAGCUGCUCUUAUAGAGUAUGCCGUGAAGACCGUCAUUUGUAAUCGUCUGAGAAAUCCUACAGUCCACGCAUUUUGUGACUUCUACUUCCUAUGGUGAUGAAAGCACAAAACAGAGCCUUCCCACCAACUCGGCUCUCGAGUAGUGAAUGGCCACUGCAAUGCCAAUGGAGACUCCAACUAGCCACGUCACCACAGCCUUCUCGCACUGCGAAAGUGUCUCGAUGGAGGGUGUCGCAGCUGCCGGGGACGCGGAUAUGGAGACGCUCCACCACCUUCCCAAGUCGGAAUGCGUCUGCGUCGAUGUGGACGGCUGCGCCCACAUUGGCUGCCACCUCGCCAUCUCGUUCAUGGUGCAGGUCAUCUUUGCCGCAUCCACCUUCCAGGUCGCCGAUCUCAUCAAC